GAACCAGCAGCUGGAGCAAGCAAGCUCCGUGAGUGCCAACAUGAAGGGUUUCUCCUCCUCCUUCACCACCGCUGCACUUACUGCCAUCCUUGCGCUCCUUCCCACAGUCGCCAUAGGCGCCGGCCUCAAGGUCGGGUUCUACAACAAGAGCUGCCCGUCGGCGGAGGCCCUGGUGCAGCAGGCGGUCGCUGCCGCCUUCAAAAACAACAGCGGCAUCGCCGCUGGCCUCAUCCGCCUGCAUUUCCAUGACUGCUUCGUCAGGGGCUGCGACGGCUCGGUGCUGAUCGACACGACGGCGAACAACACGGCGGAGAAGGACGCGGUCCCGAACAAUCCCAGCCUGCGGGGCUUCGAGGUCAUCGACGCCGCCAAGAAGGCCAUCGAGGCGCGGUGCCCCAGGACGGUCUCCUGCGCCGACAUCGUCGCCUUCGCGGCGCGCGACAGCGUCGCCCUGGCGGGGAACAACCUCACCUACAAGGUCCCCGCGGGGCGGCGCGACGGGAGGAUCUCCACGGCCGCCGACGCCAGCAACAACCUGCCCUCCCCGCUCUCCAACGCCACCGAGCUCGUCGGCAACUUCACGCGCAAGGGCCUCACCGCCGAGGACAUGGUGGUGCUCUCCGGCGCGCACACCGUCGGCCGCUCCCACUGCUCCUCCUUCACCAACCGCCUCUACGGCUUCAGCAACGCCAGCGACGUCGACCCCACCAUCAGCUCGGCCUACGCCUUCCUGCUCAGGAGCAUCUGCCCCUCCAACAGCAGCCAGUUCGUCCCCAACACCACCACGGACAUGGACCUCAUGACGCCGGCGGUGCUCGACAACAAGUACUACCUCGGGCUCGCCAACAACCUGGGGCUCUUCACGUCGGACCAGGCGCUGCUCACCAACGCCACGCUCAAGAAGUCCGUGGACGAGUUCGUCAAGAGCGAGAGCAGGUGGAAGAACAAGUUCGUCAAGGCCAUGGUCAAGAUGGGCAGCAUCGAGGUGCUCACGGGGACGCAGGGGGAGAUCAGGCUCAACUGCAGGGUCAUCAACAGCGGCAGCAGCGCGGCAGGAAUCGAGCUUCAGAUGACGACGACCAGCUCCGGCGACGACUCUGCUGAACAAUUCACCAAGAUUGCAACGAAGUAGCUUGCUGCUACAUAGAGGGAUCGAUGUCUGCACAGCUCGAGUGUCUGAUGUAUCUGAUGUUCUUCAGUGGUGUGGUGUGUGAUGAGUUCUACUACGUCAGCUUGUUUCUCUUGCGGGGAAUGAAAUAAACCGAUCGAGUGUAUCAAAAAAUAGGGGGGGAAAAGACGUUUGUUUUAUUUUCUGUUUUGGCUGAUGUUUGAAUGCUGUUUGUAAUAAUGUAGAAAGCAAAAGAAAAUAUUAGAUGGAAUGUACUUCAACGGGAGCAUAUGUUUUGCAUUACUCUGUCAAAGGAAAUAAAGCAUCAAUAAUGGACAUCCCUAAA